GGGAGGGGGGGGCUUCUUGGUUGGAUCUCCCCCUCGUGCGCUCGCGGGGACGCACUCGAGGCUGUGACACUUCAGAGAGCGCGGAGUAUCUGCGGGGGUCGGUCCUGGGGAAAUUACUCCCCUCCCCUCGCACCCCCACCCCCAACUCUAAUUAUCACCGUUUCGAAAAUGAAAGUGUCAUGGCUUACUCUCAGCUGGGAUACUCCUACUCCACUCCACCACAGUUUCUGAUGACCGCGAGCCCCCUAGCCGGCUGCCUGGAGCCCGGAUCUCCGCCGUCCCACCCGGCGCUGCGCUCCGCGGGCCACCAGCUCACCUCCGGCCACAGCAUCGGCGUUUGCAGCCCUUACGCAAAGCGCCAAGCUUACUAUAAUAACACCUGCGCCGGCGACGCCGCAUCUCUCUAUUCGAGAGGACCACUACAGCCUAAAGGGGUGGCAGCAUCAGUGCACAACAUGGGGACCUCUCAGACAGCGAGCUGCUAUCCUUAUGAAUACACACUCGGCCCUUAUUCUUACGACAGAUAUGGUUACUCCUCCGCAGAAGGAGCUUCGCGGCGUAAAAACGCUACCCGGGAAACCACGGGCACCCUGAAGGCCUGGCUGCAGGAGCACCAGAAGAACCCCUACCCAACCAAAGGAGAGAAGAUCAUGCUGGCCAUCAUCACCAGGAUGACCCUCACCCAAGUGUCGACGUGGUUCGCCAACGCCCGCAGGAGGCUGAAGAAGGAGAACAAGGUGACGUGGUCACCGCGAGCUUGUAAAAGCUCAGACGACAGAGGCCGCGAUGAAGACAGUGACAAGUCGCAGGAAGGAGAUAAAGAGCAUCCAGAUCAACAGUCCGGCGAGCUGCAGAGUGAUCUGGAAGACUUUGACCUCCUGGAGUCCGACGCGUCCGACUGUGAACCCAAGCCAGCGUUUCCACCGGAGGACGACAAAGUGGAUUCGAGCAUUCCACCGGCUCACCUGGCGUACGACCCGUCUGAGCCGCUGCGCAGCUUAGACGGGUCGUCUCCGGACUUCUCCAAAGUCACGGCGCUUGGAGAGCAGAACGCCUUCUUUUCCAUGCCGGAUGCGCACGGGGCGGACGACAAAGCCCAAAUGUGGUCCGUCGCUACCACGGCGGCGUCUCUGGAUCCCGGCUUGGAGCGGGAAUAUCCACCCUGCAUGCUGGCGAGCGGCUCAUCCAACAUGGCGCUGGCCAAAGCGGACAGGAAGCAGGAAUCACCGGUGGACACGCUGAGGGAGUGGGUGGACGGCGUUUUCCACGCCGCGCCGUUUCAUCCCGCAAAGGCUUCUUCUUCGGCGCCGUGGAGCGCUUUGAAUGACGCGGCGGCGAGCGGCAGAGCGCGAGGACAACCGUUUGCACUCGUGAGAUCAACGUCCUCGUUGUCGUAGUCAAGCGGACAUUUUCAAAGGCCGCUGGACUCGUCGUGUCGAGUUUAUACUUUUGGUGUCGUGACCCGAUUGGGGUCUUCACAAGAAUCCACAUUGUUGUCGUCGUGUAUCACCGCAAAGAUGCCGUGGGAGGGGGGGGGGGGCAAAAGAGUCUUCUCAUUUGUUGAUCUUGUUCAUGACUUUGCCACACCUUCCUAUCACACUACCAGACAUGCCCUGAGAUGAUUAAAAAAAACACUACGACUGAAUAUUUCCCAGUUGAGUCACACUGCAGAACCCCAAAAAGGUCUUCGUCGACACUCAACGGGACACGAUCCGAACGGUUCUCGGAUCGAGAACAUCUCCCUGCCCUCACGUGCACGAACCUCGCCAUGUUGCGCCUUCUGCUUGACGCACACACACAAUACAAUACAUGCCGAUUGAUAUCGCGCUUUCACAACAAACAAACUACAUGUGACAAAAGACAAAAACA